AUGUCCGACACGACGCCCUCGUCCUCGGACGAGCGAUUGCGCACCGCCGUCAUCGCCAACCACCUCCCGCCCGGCUACGGCACCAGCUUCGACGGUGUCCGAAGCCUCUCCAACGGCGACCUGACCCGGCAGCACUCCAACUCGACCUCGAACCUCCCCGCCACCGAUACCUACGACGCCGCCGCCGACGCCGAGCAGGAGGCCUCGUCCCUCCUGCUGCCCGGCGGCGACAUCCACCGCGACCUGUUCAAGAUCUCGGCCCGCGACCAGGGCCUCAAGCGCGCCCAGACCUUUUCCCACCCGCGCCGCACCGAGUCGGGCCACGAGUCCGACCUCCCCGCCGCCUCCGAGAUGCUCAUGCCCCAGGGCUUCCGCCGCCAGUUCGUCAUGCAGAAGCACAACUUCACCGCCGCCAACCUGCCCAUCACGAGGAACUUUGUCGAGUUCCUCGACUUUUACGGCUCCUUCGCCGGCGAGGACCUCGCCGACUCGGACGAGGAGGCCAUCGAGUCGGACGACGAGGACAAUGGCGAUGACGACGAGGAAUCGCGCCGCCGCCGUGGUCCGGCCACCGAGACUCGCCCCCUCCUCGGGCGGCGGCGGUCCUCGCGCUUCGCACGCAAGGCCGGUGACGCCUCGACGACAAAGACAUUCUUCACGACGCUCAAAGCCUUCAUCGGCACGGGCAUCAUGUUCCUGCCCAAGGCCUUCAAGAACGGCGGCAUCCUCUUCUCGUCGCUGACCAUGCUCGCCAUUGCCGCCGUCUCCAUGCUCGCCUUCCACCUGCUGCUGCAGUGCCGCACCCGCUACGGCGGCGGCUACGGCGAUCUUGGCAAGGAGAUCUCGGGCCCGCGCAUGCGCGCCCUCAUCCUCGCCUCCAUCACCCUGUCUCAGAUCGGCUUCGUCUGCACCGGCCUCGUCUUCGUCGCCGACAACUGGUUCUCCUUCCUCCAGGCCGUCACCGGCGGCGCCAACCCGCUCGGCUCCACCGCCCUCAUCGCCCUGCAGGCCCUCGUCAUCGUGCCCCUCGCCUUCAUCCGCAACAUCUCCAAGCUCGGCCCCGCCGCCCUGCUCGCCGACGUCUUCAUCGUCGUCGGCGUCGUCUACAUCUGGUGGUACGACAUCUCCGCCCUCGCCACCCGCGGCAUCGACCCCUCGGUCCGCCUCUUCAACCCGAGCUCCUACACCCUCACCAUCGGCGCCUCCAUCUUCACCUUUGAGGGCAUCGGCCUCAUCAUCCCCAUCCAGGCGAGCAUGAAGCGCCCCGAGCACUUUGAGCCCCUGCUCGCCGGCGUCAUGCUGCUGAUCACCUGCGUCUUCACCUCCGUCGGCGCCCUGUGCUACGCCACCUUUGGCGACCGCACAAAGAUUGAAAUCAUCGACAACUACCCCCAGGACAGCCGCCUCGUUAACGCCGUCCAGUUCAUGUACGCCCUCGCCGUCCUCGUUGGCAACCCCGUCCAGCUGUUCCCGGCCAUGCGCAUCCUCGAGGGCAAGAUCUUUGGCCACCGCUCCGGCAAGAAGGACCUCUUGACAAAGUGGAAGAAGAACGCCUUCCGCACCGCCCUCGUCGCCGUCUGCAUCGGCGUCUCCGUCGCCGGCUCCACCAACCUCGACCGCUUCGUCGCCCUCAUCGGCUCCUUUGCCUGCGUGCCGCUGGUCUACAUCUACCCGCCCUACUUGCACCUCAAGGGCAUCGCCGAGACGAGGAGGGAAAAGAUUUGCGAUAUAGCCCUCAUGGCCCUCGGCCUCGUCGGCAUGGUGUACACGACGGCCAUCACAUUGGCGACCAGCUUCCUGUGA